AUGUCGUCUGUUCCUAAGCAAGACCUUGCGCUUUUCAGCGAUCAUUCUAUCCUCCCAGAUGGUUUUCUUAAAGCUGAUCAUCCACAGUUGGGCACGAUUGGCUCUGUUCAGGGAACGAGUCCUGCGUGGCUCUUGAGCUCCUUCAUUGAGAAUGCCAUUGUAGGAACUGCUAGCACAACUAACAGAGACAUCAACGUGAAAAUACCCAAUAGGGCUCAUGUGAUUUACAUUUCAUUCUCGACGACGAAGUCUUUUGUUGUGAACGCUUGCAGGAAAAAUGGCUUGAGUCUCGAGUCGGACAAGAACUUUACCUUUUUGGACUGCUUCACUGAUCUCUUUACGAAGCACAUCAGCGACCCCUCAAAAAGCAAAGAAAGCAUCGAUAAGCUCUUCAACAAAUUGAAUCUGGAAGUUGAGAACGUCACCAAGGAGCCCAAGAUGGUGAUCCUUGAAAACCCAGAGAUUCUUCUUGCUGCAACAGACCUCACUUCCAAUGAGUUGAUCAACUUCCUUGUGUCUCUCCAGGCGGUGUCCAAUUCGAUGUUUGUUGUAAUUGGUGCAGAGCCAUCAUUUAUUGACUUUGGAGCCACAUUGUCUGACUUUGUGGUGUCGAAAUACACCGACUUCUAUGUCAAAUUAUUCCACAAGUCCUCCAUCAACUUGAAUUUACUGCCGCUUUCUACAGGUCGAGCAGAAGACAUUACGGGCUGCUUGACAAUCUCGAGGGGAAGUCUUCCAUCCCCCAUCCCAGUGGCUCAGAAAGAGUUCAUCUACAAUAUUACGAAGGAGGGUAAUGUCAAAUUAUACUUUAGAUAG